AUGGCUCUUUGGUAUCAAACUCCUCCUCCUCCUACAUUGAAUCGUAUCUCACCCACUCUCAAACUUAACUCAUUACGCUACACCUGCAGCUACAACCUGUCUAUUCCGAAUUCCAGACCCACCCACAUACCCGAACUUGAACCCGAACCCAUAUUCGCCUCCGUCAAAACCUUCGUUCUUGCCACCGUGGCUAACCUUGGCCACGGCUUCGACUUCCUCAGCUACGCCGUUGACGGUCUCGGAGACUUCAUCUCCCUCUCCAUCGACUUAUCCGUCCACCCCGGCAAGAUCUCCAUCACAAAAAUAUCUGGCAACGCCGCCGGAAAAAUUAGCCGCGAUCCUCUGUCCAAUUCCGUCGGAAUCGCCACGAUGGCACGAUCAAGGUUAUGA